AUGACCGCGGCACUUGCGCUUUUGGUCAUUUUAUUCUUCAUCAUUUUUUAUCAUCUAACUGCGAUUCCCGAAACGAAUUUAUGGGGUGGUGACCGUCAAUUUCUACCGAUAUUGUACUCUAUAGGAGCAUUACUGGGCCAACUGCUAAUAGCACUUAUCUAUGGCGCCCCAUAUAGCGCUGUCGUUAUCAGUGGCAUGGGAUCAUUGGUUUCUGUCAUUCUGUGCUUCGCCAAACUUCCUGGACUCUACGACUGGAUUGAAAAAUCGAUUGGCUUCAUCAGCAUCUACUACGUCGGGAUUCGAAUGUCACGGAGAACUUCAAUUCAACAAAGAUCGAUUCCAUCGGAUUUUUAUCGGAAUCCGAUAGGAUUCCUGGUGACGGAAUUGCUUCGGAUUCCGAUGGUUACGGCUCCCGUGUCGGAUUUGUUGACCUGGGAUUAA